CAGAUAUUACAGCACUCUCCUACAGACGCUUCAGUCAUGUGAUGAGCAGACGGUUUCGGCGGUGAGGGCGGGGCUUAUUUCUCGUUUGGGUCCCGACAUGGAGACUUUCCUGCAGCUUCUUCAGAACCAACCGUGUUCUGCAGAUUCUGCCGGAGCCUCUGCGUUCAACAACCCGUCCAGCUGGAAGAACACACCUGUGUUCAACAUCCAGCCGGGGUUCAGAGGUCGCGACCCCACUCACCUGUUCGCUAGGAAGAGGUCUGUGGACGACAUGGAGGGGGGCGUCAAUGCAGAGCAGUAGAUAACACACACAUUGUCACACACACACACACACACACACACACACACACACACACACACACGCUUUUAUGCACAUUAGGGCUGGGUGAUAUCGUGGAAAAAGCGAGAUUUUUGGACUAAAUACCUCGAAAUUGUGACAAGAUUCAAUAUAUUGUGAAAGCUGUAAUGAUAUUUUUGGUAAAUAAUAGUAGUGCAGUGUAACAGAGUACAUGCACUCAAGUACAUUAACACACACACACACACACACACACACACACACACACACACACACACACACACCACACCCACACACCCACACACACACACACACACACAGUUAUGCACAGUUGGACCAAAAACCUUGAAAUUGUGACAAAAUACAUUAUAUUUUGCUGGAUAAUCUUCAGGAAUGUGCAUUUAAUCAGUAAUAGAUUGCAUUUUGCAGUAAAAUAGAGUACAUUAACUCAAGUAUUGUACUUUUUGAGUUAUACACACACAAAAAUAGCAAUUUAUUUUGACCAAAAGCGAGAUUUUUGGACUAAAUACCUCGAAAUUGUGACAAAAUUCAUUACAUUGUGCAAGCUGAUAUGCAUAUUUGCUAAAUAAUCAUCAGUAAUGCAGUGUAAUAAAGUACAUUUACUCAAGUAUUGUACUUUUUGAGGUAGUUUAUACUACUUUGGAAAGGCAUACACACACACACAUGCUUUCAUGGGUGAUGUGCAGAAAAAUAUUGGACCAAAUACCUCAAAAAAAUACGUUGCAAUGAUUUUUUUUCUAAAUAAUCAUCAGUACUUUGUAAUAAAGUACAUUUACUCCAGUAUUGUACUUUUUUAGGUACUUUAUAUUGUGGAAAAAUCUAAAAUAAAUCUCAUUUAAUGCAGCCUUAAAAUUCAGAUAAACGACAUUUACUUUUAUAUUUAUAAUAUAUGAAUAUAUCGCCCGGCCCUAACUCACGCUCAUACCUUUGCGAACGUGCAGAUUAAUGAUCACCGGUUGCAGCUUUGGGGGAAACACUUUUAGACUCUUAUUGCUCUCCUCUGGUCGACUCGCUGACAUCUCUCUGUGAAGCAGACAUUACAAAGGGGGAAGAUUACAGAGGUUAUGGUUGAUAUUUAUCUUGUUGAACAGGUUCAUUUAUAUUUAAAGUAGAGAGGGGGGGGCUUCGUGCUGGUCGUGGAGCUUCUGGUCUGAGAGCGUUUCAUUAUUAG